UCGGUCGUGUUUUGCGAUUGUAGUGUUUUAAAUUUCCCGAAUUUCCAUGGCUAAUUUUGUGCAAAAUACCGGAAAAUACAUUGCGGAAAAGGUGGAUGGGGAUGACACGAACGAAAUCGGCUAUCGGCAGUCGAAGGAGAAUGACAAAAUCGAUCUCAAGUAUGGGUACGAACGGGUCAAGGACACCCAGGAGCGGACCGGCUAUCUGGUCAACAUGCACUCGACGGAAAUCCUGAACCAAGAUCGCCGUCUGGUGGCGGCCCUCGAUCUGUACUUUCUGCAGAUGGACGGCACCCGGUACAAAAUGACCGUCACCUACAUGCCGUAUCUGUUGCUGAUCACCAAGGAAGGUCACGCUCUUGAAGUGGCGAAGUUUCUUUCGAAGAAGUACUCCGGCCAGCUGCAGACUGUGGACCACAUCACCAAGGAAGAUCUUGAUCUGCCGAAUCAUCUGAGUGGCCUGAAGCAAAACCUUCUCAAGUUGACCUUUGCCAACACAAGUCACAUGAACAAGGUCAAGAAGGAUCUGUCGGCCGCGGUUCGAAAGAAUAAGGAGCGCGACAAGGCCAACACGUUCUACAUGCAGAUGUUAAGCAACUCGUUGGCCGUGGCCUCUGAGGGGGAGGGAAGUUCCACGAUUCAGAAUCAGGAUUUCUACGAGAGUAUCAUGGACAUGCGGGAACAUGACGUUCCGUACCACGUUCGGGUGUCGAUCGAUUUAAACAUCUUUUGCGGAUUGUGGUACACGAUGAGAAUCAGGGGAGGAGACGAUCCGCCGAUCAUCACUCCGCGGCCGGAUAUUCUGGACCGACCGGAGCCGGUCGUUUUGGCGUUCGAUAUCGAAACGACCAAACUGCCGUUGAAGUUUCCGGAUGCCCAGACGGAUCAGAUCAUGAUGAUUUCCUACAUGGUCGAUGGCCAGGGAUAUCUGCUUACGAAUCGAGAGAUCAUCAGUGCCGAUGUAGAGGACUUUGAGUACACUCCGAAGCCGGAGUUCGAGGGUCAGUUUAUCGUGUACAACGAACCGAACGAGAUGGCUAUGAUUCAGAAAUUCUUCGACCACAUUCUGGAAGUUAAGCCGCACAUUUUCGUUACCUACAACGGGGACUUUUUCGACUGGCCGUUCGUGGAGACGAGGGCGGCCGUGUACGAUCUGGACAUGAAGCGGGAGAUUGGGUAUUCCAAGGUCAACCAGCGGGAUGGAAACUAUUUGUGCCGGCCAGCAAUGCACAUGGAUUGCUUGUGCUGGGUGAAGCGAGAUUCGUAUCUGCCGGUGGGGUCGCAGGGUUUGAAAGCGGUGGCCAAGAGUAAGCUACGAUACGAUCCGGUCGAGCUGGAUCCGGAGGAGAUGUGCAAGAUGGCGGUGGAGCAACCGCAGGUUCUCUCCAACUACUCCGUGUCGGACGCCGUAGCCACCUACUAUCUGUACAUGAAGUACGUCCAUCCGUUCAUCUUCGCUCUGGCCACCAUCAUUCCGAUGGAACCGGAUGAAAUCCUGCGGAAAGGUUCGGGAACCCUGUGUGAAUCGCUCCUGAUGAAGGAGGCAUACCACGCUCGGAUCGUGUAUCCCAACAAGCAAAUCUCGGAACUGAACAAACUCACACCGGACGGGCAUGUUCUCGAUACGGAGACCUACGUCGGUGGCCACGUCGAGGCGCUUGAGUCGGGUGUCUUCCGGGCGGACAUUUCCACCCGAUUCCGACUGGAUCAGGGCAUGCUGAUGCAGAUGCACGACAACGUGGACAAGGUUCUGGAACAUGCGAUCGUCACCGAGGAGGGUGUCCCGUUGGAUCAGGUCACCAAUCUGGAGGAUGUGGCGGAACAAAUUAGGGCAACGUUGCAGCAGUUGCACGACACUCCGACCCGUAUCGAACAGCCGGUCAUCUACCAUCUGGACGUGGGAGCUAUGUAUCCGAACAUCAUCCUGACCAAUCGGUUGCAACCGUCGUCCAUGAUCUCGGAGACGGACUGUGCCGCGUGCGAUUUCAACAAACCGGACGCCAAGUGCAAACGGGACAUGGAGUGGAUGUGGCGUGGUGAAAUGCUCCCGGCAAGUAGGAAUGAGUUUCAACGGAUUCAGCAGCAGUUGGAGACGGAGAAAUUCCCACCUCUGUUCCCCGGAGGACCGCCACGUGCCUUCCACGAACUGUCCAAGGAAGAUCAAGCAAACUACGAGAAGAAACGACUGAGCGAUUACUGCCGGAAGGCUUACAAGAAGACAAAGGUCACCAAACUGGAGACGAGGACGUCGACGAUCUGCCAGAAGGAGAACAGUUUCUACGUAGACACGGUUCGAGCGUUCCGUGAUCGACGGUACGAGUACAAAGCGAUGACUAAGGUGGCAAAAGCUGCGGUAGCUUCGGCGCUCAAAAGUGGAGACGCAGGCGAAAUUAAAGCUGCCAAGGGAAGAGAGGUGCUGUACGAUUCGCUGCAGUUGGCGCACAAGUGUAUUCUGAAUUCCUUCUACGGGUACGUGAUGCGGAAGGGAGCCCGCUGGCACAGUAUGUCCAUGGCCGGUAUCGUGUGUUUGACCGGAGCGAACAUCAUCAUGAAAGCUAGGGAAAUCAUCGAGCGGGUUGGACGUCCUCUGGAACUGGACACGGACGGUAUUUGGUGUAUUCUGCCGGCGUCGUUCCCGCAGGAGUUUACGGUGCUGACUAACCACGCCAAGAAGAAGAAGAUCAACGUGUCCUACCCGAACGCAGUUCUGAACACCAUGGUGAAAGAUCACUUCACGAACGAGCAGUACCACGUACUGGAGAAGCCGUACGAAGCGGGAAGUCCAGCGGUCUACUCGAUCCAGCCGGAGAACUCGAUCUUCUUCGAAGUGGACGGCCCAUACUUGGCGAUGGUUUUACCGGCGGCUAAAGAAGAGGGUAAGAAGCUCAAGAAGCGUUACGCCGUUUUCAACUUCGAUGGAUCACUUGCGGAAUUGAAGGGGUUCGAGGUUAAGCGUCGUGGAGAACUGCAGCUCAUCAAGAUCUUCCAGAGUUCUGUGUUCGAGGCGUUCCUGCAGGGUUCGACACUGGAGCAGUGCUACGCUUCGGUGGCCAAGAUCGCCGACUACUGGCUGGAUGUGUUGUACAGCAAGGGUCACAACAUGCCAGACAGCGAGCUGUUUGAGCUGAUUUCGGAGAACAGAUCCAUGUCCAGGAAGUUGGAAGACUACGGCGCGCAGAAGUCUACGUCCAUUUCGACGGCAAAGCGUUUGGCGGAGUUCCUGGGCGAUCAGAUGGUGAAGGACGCCGGGUUGGCUUGCAAGUUUGUCAUCUCGAAGAAACCGGAUGGGGCACCGGUCACGGAGCGAGCCAUCCCGUUGGCGAUCUUCCAAUCGGAACCGAGCAUUCGAAGGCAUUAUCUGAGGAAAUGGUUGAAGGACAACACCAUGGGAGAUGCAGACAUUCGCGAUGUGCUGGAUUGGCAGUACUACAUUGAACGAUUGGGUGGAACCAUCCAAAAGAUCAUUACGAUCCCGGCGGCAUUACAGGGUUUGAACAAUCCCGUUCCGAGAGUUCAUCAUCCGGACUGGUUGCACAAGAAGAUGCUGGAGAAGAAUGACACGCUGAAGCAGAGAAGGAUCAGUGAGAUGUUCACGAUGAAGGAGAAACCGGCGAUGCGGGAUAUUGAGGACUUGGGACGAUCGCGAUCGCCAAGUGUCGGGCCGAACGUUCCUAUCGUGAAUUCCAAGCGCAGAAGAACACCGUCAGCUGAGGAGCCUGUUGCUGCUUCAGCUGCGGUGACGGUUUUCAAAACCUGGCAGGAAGCCCUUGGCGCACCUCCACCCGUGGGUGAGACAAACAAGGACUUGCAGGAGUGGUUGGCGUUCCACAAGAAGAAAUGGAAGUGGCAGUGGGCGCAGAGGAGUCAGUUCAGAAUUCCCCCCAAGAGCAAGCGGUCGAGAACUGAUCAGGAACAACCUUCAACUUCGAUGGUUUCCGCUCAACCGGCUGCCACGUUGGGAGGUUUCCUCAAGAAGACACAGCGAUCGCUGAUCGAGCAAACGUGGCAUGUGCUUCAGAUUCUACCAACGGAUGAGAUGGGUCACUUUGUCAUCUGGGCGUUGGUGGGUGAUGAAUUGCACAAGCUUAAGCUGAUCGUUCCGAGGAUCUUCUACGUUAAUCAAAGAACGCCGGCACCUCCGGAGGAGGGAUCGAUGUGGAAGAAGGUUCACCGCAUUCUGCCGAGAGCUCGUCCAGCCUACUAUCUCUAUCAGUAUGUCGUUCCGGAGCAGGUCUUCCGUGACAAUCGCUUGGGGCUUUUAGCAGAUCUGGCAACCCCGGAUAUUGAAGGCAUCUACGAAACGCAGAUGUCACUGGAGUUCCGUGCCAUCAUGGAAGUGGGCUGUGCAUGUGCUGUUCAGCGUGCGGAGGCUCGAACUUUGGCCAACAUGACCACCAAAGAGAUGAACACGUUCAACAUCCAGCAGCUGGAGAUGAAAACCAUCGCGAACGAUGGCUAUCUGAAAGGUGGAUCUAACGUGAAAAAGAUCUUCCUCUACCAGCAUAGCAUCCCGUCGGGAAAGCGCGAAAUGUGGGGUAUUUUCAUGGGUCCCACCAAGAAGGGCCUGAUAGUCGUGUUUGACACCGUCCGUACGAACCAGCUUCCAACAGUGAAAAACCUGUACCUGUCGGAACGGACGGCCCUGCUCAAUGGAAACAAUCCCAACUUCACCGAAGAGAACCUCCCAUCCGCGGACAUGGACUUGGAAGCCUACGUUGAAGUCGAAUCCAAACAGGUUUACCAACGACUCACCAAAGCCCUGUCGUCAUACCAGGACGAGAAGCGAGGCCCGACGAUUCUUUGCAUUCAAAGCGCCCUAGGCCUUCAGAAACUGAAUCAAACUCUUCCUAUCUGUCUGGAGUUCCCUCAGAGUCAAAUCCACAUCGCCGACGAUGCUUCGUUGCUUUCAGGUUUGGAAUGGCAACGCCACGGGGUUCGGUCCAUGUUGCGUCACUUCCUGAACAUGAACCACGUGGUCGGGAUGAUGCUUGAGCAGUGCCGCUACUUCCAGCUUCCGAUCGGCAAUAUGCCCACCGAUACGAUACUCUUCGGAGCGGAUCUGUUCUUCGCUCGGCACCUUCAGAAGCACAACUUUAUCCUCUGGUGUUCGCCCAGUUCCCGUCCAGAUCUGGGAGGUCGCGAAGCGGACGACAGUCGACUCCUGGCGGAGUUUGAAGACAAUAUCUCCAUCGUUCAGAAUCGUCCGGGUUUCUACCACAGCGUGUGCGUGGAGUUGACCAUCGAAAGUUUAGCCGUUUCGGCACUGUUGCAGGCGAGCAAGGUUCAGGAAAUGGAGGGUGCCUCCUCGGCCAUCACGUUCGAUGUGAUUCCGCAAGCUUCGUUGGACGACAUGAUCAGUAAUCAAGCCCAGACGCUGCCGAGCUACGAUGAGACGGCCCUGUGCUCGCAGGCGUUCCGUGUGAUGCGCUCGAUGGUCAACGGGUGGCUGCGGGAGGUUUCGAUCAAUCGGAACAUUUACUCGGACUUCCAGAUCAUCCACUUCUAUCGGUGGGUGCGGUCGUCCAAGGCGCUACUAUACGAUCCAGCUCUGAGACGGGCUUUGAAUACCCUGAUGCGGAAGUUGUUCCUGCAGAUCAUUUCGGAAUUCCAACGAUUGAAGGCGGAGAUUAUCUAUGCGGAUUUCAAUCGGAUCGUGAUCAACACCGGGAAGAAGACGGUCAGCGAUGCGAUCAGCUACACGGACUACGUGGUGCAGAGCAUCCGGAACAAGGAGUUGUUCCACAGCGUGUCGGUGUCGUUUCAGCACUCGUGGGAAUUUCUGUUGUGGGUCGACCCGGCGAAUUUCGGUGGAAUUGGUGCCAGCGCUUCGAAGAAGGGCAAUUCACAGCAGGAUCACGGCUCCGAGCAAAGUGAGCUGCCAACGACGGGAGAGGAAGUGGCCACGUUGGAGAUGAACUGGAACAUUGCGGAGCAAUUGCCGGAGAACGGUCGCUGUCGGGAGUACUUCGACCAGUUUGUGUCGUCUUAUUUGGAGACGUUGGCCGAGGGCGUCACUGCUCCGAAGGCUCUGAAGAAGUGGUCCAAUUCGGCGUACGAAAUGGUGCAGAAGCUGCACAAGAACUACGGCCGGGGCAAGGAGGGUCCGGCGUUGGAGUUCAUCAAGGCCGUCUGCAAGGUGCUCGCGGUGAACAAGGAAAUCGAUGAAGAGCUCACCACUCUUCGACGGAACAUGCUGCUGCUGGUGGGAAUCGGCGAUUUCAGCGACAAAGCCGUCUGGAAGGACCCGCAGAAGACGUACGUCCUCAGUGAAGUGAUCUGUCAGGCUUGCAACCACUGCCGCGAUGUGGACCUCUGCAAGGACAACCAUCGGGCCAUGAAGGAGGGCCGACCGGUGUGGCUGUGUGCGCAGUGCAGCGUCGAUUACGAUAUGGUCGAUAUCGAGAUGCGCCUGCUGGAUGUGGUCCAGCGGAAGAUGAUGUCCUACACGCUGCAGGAUCUGCGUUGUGGGCGCUGCAAGCAGAUCAAGAGGGAGAAUCUGGCCGAGUUCUGUCCGUGUGCCGGCCGUUUCGAGAAUCUGAUUUCCGCCGGAGAGUUGCGGCGGUUGUUCAACACCUUCGUGACGGUGGCCGAGGACUACAAGCUGCCACUGCUGAAGGAGACGCUCGAACACAUUCUCAGCGUCCAUUAGGAGGAAGGUAAUUUGUUUAAUUGUUUCUGGAAAAGCGACUAAGUUAAUACAUGCAAGGUAGAAUCAUAAACG